AUGCUACUAGGCAAUGCAGUAGCACCUGGUUCCCGUUGGAAAAGAGAGCAGAUGAGACUGGCGAAAUACAGGUUUUUAUUUAUUUAUUUUUGACAAGUCUGUGACGUGUGGAAAACAAGUAGAGAUGUGAAUUACUCAAAAUUUAUAAUGAUAACCUUUCAUAUAUAUUUUCCAAAAACGAGGAUGACCAAAUUAAACCGCGGUAGUGCUCCAUGGAUCAACUGUGAGAUCAGCCACGAAAAUUUUCUCCAUUUUAACUUUGAAUCAAUUUGAAUUUGCAAUUUUAAUCGAUCAAAUGGAUGGCAAGUGAGGCCUCAAAAUGAUCUGAAGCGUCUCCGGACUCGUUGAAAGAUCAACUAUAGAUGGACAUUUUUGUAGAGUAUGUCUUCCACGCGAAAUAGCAAAAAGAAGAGGAAAAUCAGCCGUCCAGGGCGAAACCUAGCGCGUCUCCAUGGAUUAAUCUUCGAGUUUCAAAAUUUGUGCUCCCUUACCGAGAUUUUCUAAAAAUCAACUGGUUUGAAACAGUUACUGGGCUUUUGCAGAAGAGCUUUUCUGAGUUUCCUCUGCGCUCUCUCUCUGGCUGGUUUUAAUGUUCUAUGACUCAAGCUGAGAGAGAAGAGAGGUGACAUGCUCAGAGAAGGUCUGCCCUGAUGGAUGAUCCCGAACGAUCGAUUUUCCACGGUGAUUUGAAGUUCAGUGCAUUUCUGAGCUGGAAAAUGGGGUUUCAUUAACCACAUAUCUGCGCCCGACUCUGCCCAUGGCUUCUUCCUCAUGAUGGUGGAUGCUUCCAUGUGCUCGAAAAAGUUUCUGUUGGCUGAACAUUUACGACUCUCUUGUCAUUGAAUUCAAAAUCGUUUCUCAGAGUCUUUGAAAUAAUGGCAGUUCCGCAGAAAUUUCCAGUGCUGAAUGGGUAUGGAAGCCGAAACGGUUAGUUCCUUACUCUUCCCCACCUAUCUCUGCGGAGAGCCCUCUCUGAUCUGAGAUUCGCGUGAAUGUUGCUAGAGUGAGCGAGGCAGCUGUGCUUCAAGUUCAGCUUCCCGAAAAUGAGCCGCUCUGCCGUCUGCAGCAUGUCGCUGAACUAGGUGGAGAAGGAGGCGGCGUCCUGAGCAACACUCAGAGAGAGCAGAGUGGCAGAACACAAGGCACGCCGAUACCAUGCCGUAAUGGCCAGCGCAUCAGCGCCACGUGAGUCAAGAGCAUCACUUAAGAGCAACCGGUUCUUCUGACAAGGAUCAGCCGCUUUGCGUUUCGGGAUCCACGCAAUGGGGUGCGGGUGGGUGAUAUCGCGCGCGAGUUUGAGCUCUGAUCAAUGAGUCGUGUGACGGCAGCCAACCAUAUUGUAGAUAUGGUGUAGGUCCACCCAACCGCUGAACUGUUCUAUUUUAUCUGGCUUAUUUGAUAAUUCAUCUGUACAUCUCACAUACAUUCACAUCAUAGACUUGGUCGAAAAUUACCAUAGGUUCGUAGGAGAUCUGGGCCAGAAAGUUAUUACGUGCGAGUGCGGUAUCAUUGUGUAAAAGUGGAGCUCUGACGAUACGCCGUGUGAAGGGAAGAACGAACUUUUAGAUUAUUGGGAGAUUGAACUCAGUACUUUCAGGUGCGAGUGGGUAGAAUAUCGCACAGCUUUGCGCUCUAAAAAUAGCUGCGCGGAAAGGGUAAAACUUCUCGAAAGUCAUAGGAGCUAGUGCCAGAAGAAAUUUAUUACGGGCAGGUGCGGUACAUCGCGUGAAGUUUUGGGCUCUGAAAAUAGCCGUGUGAAGGGUAAAACCAUGGUUAGUAGAGAUUAGGCUAGAUACAUGAGCCGCGCGAGUUUUUGCGAUAUCGUGUAAAGUUUUAGUUUUGAAAACGAGAAAAUAUAAACGGCGAGUCUCUUUGCGUAUAUCGCAAAGAUUGAAAAAUGAGGAUUAAAGGGGAUUUGGCUGGGUAACUCUAAUAAAUAAGAGAAAAAUGCUCAGGUCAAAUAUGGGACUUUUUCGGAUGUAUUGAUUUUCAAGCUCCAGAAUAUCAGUUUUCGCAUUUUAUUUGCCUUCAGAUUUGCCUCCACUCCAAAGUGUGCCAGAUCCACAGCCUGCCACCCGGGGACGUUCCUCUUCGCCCCAGGACUCUUCGCCCCAUCUUGACCGGACCGGCAGCUCCAAUGCCAUGUGCAGUCUUGUCUCAACGGCUCAUCUAGAGUCGCCAAUCACGGAGGAACACGAUCCGAUAAUCAUAGGUUACAGAACUUUAUUUUUCGGCUCUGCUCUGCAAGAUAGCUGCUUUUUCGGUGCGAGAGAGAAAAGCGAUAUCGCUAGCGGUAUCUGGAGAUUUCCUAUUGCGACAUCGCGUUUAUCCUCACCUCAAAACUUCAAAACUCGAAGAUCGAGCCAUAAGCCUGUCGCUUUCGCUGAAUGCCGCCCGGCGACAUCGCUUUAUCACCUCGGCAGUUAUACAGAGUAUUUUCACGCAGGUACAAUCCGUUCGACGAGUGUCCGGCCAGGUCGCCCAGUCGUGGCUACGCUCCCCAGGAAAGGAAGUCAGUGUCCAUUUCUUCCGCCUGCCCUUCGGCUCGCUCUAGCCGCCGCUGGGAUCAUUCUCCAUCCGGUAAUUAUUAGCCACUGAGAAUAAUAUUUAUUUUUCCGACUCUGGGCUUCACUGCGCUGGAUCUUUACAACAGAGGCACGGAAGCAUCAGAAGCAUCGCUCUUCCGGAUUCGAAUCCUCCAAACAUCAGGUUCCUUCUGAAAUCUCUUCGACUACUUCGAAAUUCAGUUCCAGCAGAAGCAGCUCGACGCCUCGAACGGUCAGGACCUUCUGGCGGUCAUCGACAACCUCAAGCUGGAGCUGCAGGUCAAGGAUUCCGGAUGA